AUGCACGUGUUAUCCAAUUUUUCAUUAAAUGCUUUACGAACAUUAUUACCUUUUUUAUUAAUUAAUAGUCAUGCAUUUACAAUCAUAGAAAUUAAAUUAUUAAAAGAUUCUAUUCAACAUACUACAAGUUCCUGUAUUCUUGCUAAAGUUAGUCUAGCUCAACUUAUAGAUGAUAUUGAUUUUCGAAUAUUAACUUAUCUUGAACAACAACAACAAUUAAAACAACAGUACCCUGAUAUAUGUGUUCAUCAAGCAACUGCUUCGACUUUUGCUAAUCUUAAAAAAUAUAUUAAUACAAAUGAAAGUAAUUUUCAAGCUGCUGUACUCGAUUUACUUGUUCAAUUACUUUUAAUUCGUCAUUUUAUUUAUUGUAUUGCUGAAUUUCUUGUUAUGUUAUCACAUGAUACACUUCAUUCAAAACAAGUUAUUAGAAUACAAGAUUUAAUAAAACAUUAUGAUUCAUUAUUAGCAAGUGGACAUGAACCUGAAACACAUACUUUGGCAGCAUUAGAACCAGUUUUAUAUGAUUUUUUUUCUUAUGAAAGUGGUCUUCUAUUAGUUUUAUUAGUUGAACAAUUCCUUCCAUUACCAUUAAAUAAACAAUUAUUACCUAAAUAUUUACCAUUAAUUUUAUAA